GCUUUGUGACUGACUGUUUGGUAACCUAAUGCCCGUGUUACAAAACGUGCACCUCACAAGCUUGCAGUUGGGCAUGCUCAACGUAAACACAGUAGCUCGUGUCUGACUUGUAACACCAUUACAGAACAUUUACUGGUGAAAAGAUGUCAGCGACCCGUACGGUCAUAUGUCUGCUGAGGAACGAUCUGCGUCUUCAUGAUAACGAGAUGUUCUACUGGGCGCAGAGGAAUGCAGAGCACAUUGUCCCCCUCUAUUGCUUUGACCCACAUCAUUACCAGGGCACAUAUCACUUUAACUUCCCCAAGACAGGUCCAUUCCGUUUACGCUUUCUUCUGGACAGCGUGAAAGACCUGAGGACAACACUAAAGAAGAGGGGCAGCACGCUAUUGGUGAGACAUGGAAAGCCAGAGGAUGUUGUUAGUGAUCUGAUUAAGCAACUCGGUUCCGUCGUGACAGUGGCGUUUCAUGAGGAGGUGGCAUCAGAGGAAAAGAGUGUGGAGAAGAAGAUAAAAGACAUCUGCUCCCAAAACAAGGUCAAAAUUCAGACUUUCUGGGGGUCUACACUGUACCACAGAGAUGAUCUCCCAUUUAGUCAAAUCAGAGGGCUUCCUGAUGUUUACACCCAGUUCAGAAAGGCAGUUGAGAGCCAGAGCAGAGUGAGGCCGGUCUUUCCCACCCCAGAACAGGUGAAGUCUCCUCCCCCUGGACUGGAGGAGGGUCCCAUUCCUACAUUUGAGGCCCUGGGGCAGACAGAACCUCUGGAGGACUGUCGAUCAGCUUUCCCAUGCCGCGGUGGAGAGACCGAGGCUCUUGCUAGGCUGAAACAUUACUUCUGGGAUACAAAUGCCAUUGCAACCUAUAAGGAGACCCGAAAUGGCUUGAUUGGAGUUAACUAUUCUACCAAAUUUUCACCUUGGCUUGCUUUGGGCUGCAUAUCACCCAGGUACAUCUAUGACCAGAUCAAGAGGUACGAGGCUGAAAGAACCGCCAACCAGAGCACAUACUGGGUGAUAUUUGAACUUCUGUGGAGAGAUUACUUCAAGUUUGUGGGUUUGAAAUAUGGAAACCAAAUAUUUCAUAUCAAUGGUCUUCAAGAUAAGCAUGUGCCAUGGAAGACAGACAUGACUCUCUUCAAUGCUUGGAAAGAGGGGAGAACAGGGGUACCGUUCGUGGAUGCCAACAUGAGGGAGCUUGCACUCACAGGAUUCAUGUCCAACAGAGGACGCCAAAAUGUGGCCAGCUUUCUCACCAAAGACUUGGGAUUAGACUGGAGACUGGGUGCUGAGUGGUUUGAAUACCUGCUGGUAGACCAUGACGUCUGCAGUAACUAUGGAAACUGGCUCUAUAGUGCUGGGAUAGGAAAUGACCCAAGAGAAAACAGGAAGUUCAAUAUGAUCAAACAAGGGCUGGACUAUGACAACAACGGGGACUAUAUCAGACAGUGGGUUCCAGAGCUUCAAGGUAUUAAAGGUGGGGAUGUGCACAUGCCUUGGGCACUCAGCAACGCAGCACUCUCACAUGCCCAGGUACCACUCAAUGUGUCUUACCCCUCCCCUAUCAUCAUAGCACCCGAGUGGAGUCGUCAUAUCAACAAGAAAUCGUCUGGUCCACCAUCAGCAAAAGGGAAGAAGGGCCCAUCUUUCACUCCAAGACAACACAAAGACAGAGGAAUUGACUUCUACUUCUCCAAGAAUAAGAAUUUCUGAGCAGAAGAUUUAUGGAUUGUGUUUUUUCUUGAGCUGCUGUUGGGCAUCACAAACAGAAGUGGGGCCUUGAUUCAGGCCUCAGGCUACAAAGCGGAAUGAAGAAGUGGAAAUGAAAAAUAGCUGUGUGGUUUUUGUUGUGCCUUUUCUAAUCUGUUUUCACACGCAGGUAUAGUGAUUGCUGCCGACAUUCUAAGCAGCACUUGAUGACAAACUGUAAUGCCUACUUUUCCUGUAUUUGUACAUAUUAUUGUAUUAAAUACAAAAUUGCA